UUUUUUUCAGAUGUAUUUCAUUGGGGUUGUCUAAACAGUUAUGCAGCAAGUCUUCCAACUAACACAGCUCCUGCAGGUUACACUUGUCCCAACUGCAAGUCACCAGUGUUUCCUCCAGAGAAGCAAGUUUCUCCUGUUGCAGACCAAUUGAGACAGAUGCUAGCCAGUGCACCAUGGGCCCGUGUGGGUCUUGGGCUCCCAGUGGUGCCAGCCUCAAGCUCGUCCAGCUCAGCAGUAUCUGAAAGCAGUGUGUCUAGACAUGAAGCUGAUGUUGUCUCUCAAGUGGCAGACAGUCACAGGAAAACAGCUACAAACGGACACAGUGACUCAUACUCAGUCACCCAGGCUUCUAGUCAACCCCCUCCUUAUACGUCCACCCCACUAAGUACCAAAACAGAGCUCAGAUCAGCCAGAGACCACGUAGUGGACGUGCGACAACAGAAUACGGUGGUACCACCCCCGCAGCAGGCUCAUGCUCGCUCAGACAAACCAAGCACAGUUUCAAGGAAGAUAUUCAACACUCGGGAGGCUGUGGACAGUAUUCCUUAUGACCAUGAUGAGAAUAAAUACCAAAGAAGAGGUGCUAUAGACUGGUUCACAAGAUGGUUCUGGUGAGCAACACACAUUUACUCCUUACUGGUAUUCUUAUUUGGGCCUGUUGAACUGGCUUGGAGACUUUUAGGGCAUGCCUUAUUGAUCAGCGUCAAAAAAUGUUGAUAAUCGGUAUGGCUGACUUUGUUAAUUGGAUCUUUUAUCACAAGAUUAGAUCUUGGUGUACUGUUAAAAGAACUAGAAUUCAGAUCAACAGCACAGGCUGAGGUUACAGUGGCAUGCUUUGGGACACUCCUAACUAACCCUACCCAGCUCUACCAAGUGCUUUAUAUUCGCAGCAGUUAAGGGCCGGGAACCAGGCAAACUGACUGGUUGUGGUUCAAUUGACAAUCUUCACAAUAGAUAUGUGGAGGCGCACUGGCCUCUUGGUUAGUACGCUCGCCUCAGGAGCGAGCGGUCCGGGCUCGAGCCUUGACUGGGGGCAUUGUGUUGUGUUCUUGGGCAAGGCACUU